AUGUCGUCCCCUCCGACAUCGGAGCCUUUUCUGCCUCCCGGACCUCGUUCCCAUCGAACUUCAACUAGAAGUAAUUCAGAGAGCGAGGACUAUUUGGCUAACGUGAAACGAAAGGUCCUUCUUUCCGUUGAUGCUAAUGAAAGCAGCGACCGUGCUCUUGAAUGGUACAUAAACAAUUUUCACAAGGAAGAUGAUGGUCUUCUGCUUGUUCAUGUUGUUGAACCUGUUAACACUGGAAUAAACUACGGUCUCGCCACCAAACCAGCGCUACUUACUGAAGAUUUCAGUAGACAUGUCCAGGAAUUAGUUGAUGAAGGAAGAGAGUUGGGGAAGAGAUAUCUUCACAAAUGCAAACAUGCUGGAGUUCAAGCUAGAUUUAUUCUUCAUAUAGGAGCUAAACCAGGCGAGCACAUCUGUCGUUUGGCUAAGGAACAAAUGGUAGAUAUAAUCGUCAUCGGAAGUCGUGGUAUCGGUCGAAUUCGUAGGACUCUGCUAGGCAGUAUCAGUGAUUUUGUCCUCCAUCAUGCUGGAAUUCCUGUUGUGGUCGUGCCACCUCCACGAAAAGACUCGAAUUCUGUAUCCCAAUCCGAAGAUGCUCCGGAAAGUUCCAAACCAAGCCAACCUGUUGCGUGA